AUGGAAAAAGCUGAUCGUGUUGCCUGGCGCUGCGAUCCGGAAAAGCAUGUUCAUAAGGUUACCUACGAUGAGGUGACAAGACUUCUUCAAGGAUUCAUUGAGAACGAAAUAGAUUUAAGCAACGAUGAGUCCUGUGGUGAAACAUGUCCCGAUUAUCGGAACACGACAACAAUAGGUUGUUUCGAUCAAAAGUUUUGUUCUCAACAGCCUAAAUGCGAGGGUCGAAUUCAUGACUGUCAGUUUGUCGACUCGGACUUAUCUGUAUGUCAAUCACCAACGAGCAGCUAUCGUCGCUAUGAGUACAUUCAAAAUAGUGACGGACAAAAGUUCGGAGAGCACGAAAUGUGUUGGCGUGACGUCAACAACGUUGAGAGCUGGAGUAGAUGGUUGUUCUGGCGUUGCAGCUACUGUUUUUGUCUUUGUGAUGAGCCGAGUCCGAUAUCUGAUCGAUACUUCAGUCUACGGAAAACCAGAUCGGAUGUGAGGGCGAACAAGGUUGUGACUGGAGUGCGAUUUGUGAAGAAGAAUCGUGUAUUCCAUAUACAGAUACAGCAGGGACAACUUUUGCCCCGAGGUGCCAUCAACGAAUCUACUUUAGAAUGGGUUCCUGUCGAUGACUACAAAAUCAAUGAUGCCAAUAUAACCGAGGGUGUUGACUACUACGCAAUGAGUUACGAAAACCGUCGCAUAAAUCUGGACGAAACAAUAUUUGAGCAUGACAGGAUUUUUAUUGUAACCGGCGUGCGAUUCCAUGUAUUUAAAAAUUACCUGGGACUGAAAGUAUAUUUCAGUCGACAUAAUUUUGUAGACGGAAAAGUAAGAGGAUAUAAAGAAGAAGAUGAGAAAUACAUAGAUUUAACUAUGAUGUACGAGUAUAAUCCGGGUUUUCAGAGUGAAGAACUAAAUAUAGAUAAUCUGGACUUGCCAACAAGCUCAAAAGAAAACUCUCAGCCACUGUCAAAGAAUAAACAAUAUCUUAAAUUUGUCAACACUGGAUUGGAAGCGGAUGCGGGUCAAACAACAAUUCCGUUUAUUGACAUUCAGGAUGUGGUGUCAAAUCCGCCAGUUCCAUUGGCUGGUCUUGGCAUCUACUAUAAAAGUAGUCCUGGUUCCGGAGGUUUUGUGGCUCCCAAAGUUAUUAGUUUUGACUACGCAGCUUACGUUUAA